AAAAGUAGGGUCUGGGGAGGGUGUGUGUACGCAGACCUUGCCCCUACUCGAAAGUAGAGAGGCUGUUUCCAAAGAGACCCCCGGCUCAACGUCGAAAGUUGCAUUGCUUAACUAACUGCUACUUCAUUAAUUAAAGAAGCACAGACAGUUUAGAGAUCCAUUUUGAUUUAUUCCAUCACAUCCCAAAGCCAAAAAACCGAGUUCUUGAGAUUUCCAAUAAAGUGGUGAUAUUUCACUAUGUGGUUUGAUGUCAAUCUUUGAAGACUUAAUCAAAUUCAGUGAUAUGGAAAAUUAGAAUUUUUAAUCGGAAAUGUCAGAGACAAUAUACAAAGAAAUAAAUAUUAUCGAGAGGUCCAUGUAAUAAGUUUGAGGGACGGAAGGAGUAAUUUUUAUACUCCCUCCGUCCAAGAUUAAAGUUCCCAUUUUGACUUGACACGGAGUUUAAUAAAAAUUGAAAUUUACUUUGACUUUCCUAAAAUACCCCUCCAUCCCUCAUCCAUUCCCCUCUUAUCUUGUCCACCCAUUUUUCUGUGCAAUCGGAUACCCUUCAAGCACGACCUCCUCCCUGCUUCGCCAUUAUCUCCGACGGCCGCCUUGAUGGUCUCCGAUGCCAACUCCGACCACGACUUCAUUGAUGGCCAUCACCUUUUCACGCUGCUUUUAUUUCAAAAAAAGACGAAUAAGGAAGAAACUUGGGGCUCCUUCCAACACGCCAACAAUCGGCGCUUGUAAUACUCCGCCAUAGACAUAGAUUUCUUUGUCGACGUUGACCAUCUUCACAGAUCUGAAUCGAAUUUCUCAGAUCUAAUGGAGAUGGACUAGAAAGAAGAAAAAAAGAAGAGGAGUUAAUGAUUAAUUGGGCGUGGGACCAUGGGAAGAAGAACAGGGAAGGAGAAGAAAGGAGAAGAAAAAGAAGAAGAAAGAAGAAGAUGAAAAGAAAAGAGUGAAGAAGAGAGAAAAAAGAGAAGGGAGAAAAAGCAUGGCAGGGACGGAUGGGAAUUGAACGGACGAAAAGGGGAGGAAAAAGAAAAAGAUAUGAUAGGAGUGAAAACUAAUAAUGAGCCGCCUCCGGUUUUCGUGUCGGAUUAGAAACGUCGCACUCGAGUACCUUGGGUCCCUCCUUUCAACGGAUAUAACCCGUUCUGGAUCGUCUUCUUCUUCCUUCGCUACCGAAUCUCAACCCGACCCGAAUUCCGACUGCAAAUUCCCCCAAAUUCUCACUUCCUUCUCCAAAAUGGCUCCUUCAAAUCCCACAACCUGGUCCCACGAACCCUCCAUCAUUAAGGAGGACGAACUUCGAGAAGUGGUCGCGCUUCUGGGCAAGGGUUUCCAGGUCCACCAUCCCGAUGCCGUCGGGGGGAUUAGUUUAUCCCACAAUCCAAACCCUCAGAAGUAUAUGGUCAUGCAAUAUCACUCUGUGGAAAAUGGGUUCAAGUUGCCCCUCCAUGGUCUGCUUCGCGACAUCUGCCGCCAUUUCGGAUUCGCUCCGGGCCAGUUGACUGCCAACGCGCACAAGUAUGUCGCGUCUUACAUCUUGCGGUGCUGUGCCCUGGACAGAACCCCGACACUGGAUGAAUUCCUCAUCCUCUUCAGUAUUGUUUACAGCCCCUUGGAUCUGCCGGGUGUCAUUCUCCGUAGUUCUAUUUCUCGGACAAAGUUCGCUGCAGCAGCCCUGGCAGAAGCAGCAUACUACGCCUUGAGAGAUGAAGGGGGUUUGAUUCCACAUCACUCACUUCAAGAUGCCAGUUUGUACAAGAAGGCGGAUUUUUACUAUCUUCUGGGCCCUGACCCCAUUCUUUUUGAGGGGGUGUCUUCCCGUGAUAGGUCAAAGGCUCCUCCCAUUGUAGAACCCAAUGCAGCCGGGAGCUCCACCGGGAACCAGACCCAGGAUAACACCACCGUCUUGGCUGUUUGCAAGCCAUCUGUAGCCCUGGACGUCGUCCCCAUCUCCGCCAUUCCCAGACUGAGGAGGCCCACUCUGUCCCAGAAACGGCGACGGGAAGGAGUCACUGACGAUGACUUCCUUCCCAAGAAGAAUAAGGGUGAUGGUAUUCCCGCUUCGCCCAGCCCCCUGACUUCAUCUUUUGGUACCCAGAGUACCACCCCUGCUGCCGCAUCCGGAGGUCUGGAGUUGCCCAACCCGGAUAACUUAGAUCAUGAGGGGGAUGAACUUCCGGACCAGUCAGGACUCAAGACACCUGCAGUGCAGUCCCAGCCUGAGGUGAUCAAUACCUCUUCACCAGAUGCAACCAUUCCCCAAGGGGCAGAGGAAGAAGCUGAUAGGCAAAAAGAACAGGAGGCUUCCCCCGCGACAGAGAAGGAGGCCUCCCACCGAACCAUCCAGGCGAACCUGGAGAAGAUGAACGAAUCCGUGCAGGAGCCCACAACUCCCCAGGCACGCCCUGAUCUGCUUGCCCUUAAUGCCUUGCACUCUAUGGAGCAGGCCCAACAAUCGCUCCUAACCCUGUCUGAGGAAUACCUGGGUGAAGCAUGGGGAAAUUAUAGGGCCGUGGUGGUUCUGAAGGAAAAGGAAUUGGCUGUUAGGGCCCUGCAGCAGAAAGUUGAUUCCCUAGAGCAGCAAGUCCAGGCCCUUCAAGAAGAAAAUGCCAAGCUCAAGGCAGAUGGCUCGGCGGAACUGGUGACUGAAAGGUCCAGGGUCAAGUCCCUGCAAGAGCAGAUUGCUGCUUACCAAAAGGGGACCCAGGAUCUGGAAACGCAAUUUGACAGGCUCCGGGCACAAAUCUCCGUCAUAGAGUCAAAGUCCUCAGCUUCAAAAGACAAGGUGGGAAGUCUAAAAGCUGAGCUGGUUGAAAGGGAAUCCCGAAUUUCUGAGCUGGAGAGUUCCCUCCGGGAGGCCAAGCAUGAGGGUGCCCAUCUUAACGAUCUCAUGUUGAAACACAUGGAGGCGAAACGGCUUACCCUCGAGAAGUUGGGGAAGGAGAGACAGAUUGCCAGCGAGCUCCGGUCAAGGAUGGGUGAACUAGAGAAGGCAAUAGCUGCUCAUCAAGAGGAGGUUGCCACCCUGACUGCCCGUGCUGAAACCCUUUAUGAAGAAGGGAAAUUUGAAUGCAAAAAUGCAUCUAUGAGAGUUGUCUUUAUUGAUCUUACUAUUUCCGAUUUUUCUUCUGAUUCUUCUUCGUUGGCAUUCCCCUCACUUGGGGCCCCAACACCGGAACUCUCUUCUGGGCCUUCUCUUGCCUCUGAACAAUCGGUGACUUCUCCCUUACCCAAGGAGGAGAACUACCCUCAUCCCCCCCAACGGGCAUCAGGGGGUGUUCUUCCGGGUUCCGGCGUGCUUCCUAACGGUGGCAGGACGGAAGUCUCUACUGGCUGUCCUGGCACGUCUCGUCCGCAGAAGAGACGCAAUCCCCACUCAGGAGCUUCCCGGUUGGUCUCUGGUGCGAGGCCUUUCUCCCAGGGUUCUCCCUCCCCUCAGCAGUCAUAUGGACAGCAGCCUGAGGAGUGGGGUGACUACGACGUGGGGGGAAAUAGGCUUCCGUUUAUACGCUGGGAAAGGGACGGAACCUUCCGGGAUCCGCCUCCUCCUUCCGUAUAGGCGGAAAUAGGCCUUGAGUCCUUCCCUCAUGCCUUAUCGUCCUCAUUGUCCGCCUUCAUGGGAGUGACUGGAUGGUACCCACGGG